AUGCUUGGUCUGUGGGGAGAGGCGGCCGACGUCCGCCUCAAGCUCCUGUCCAAGCAGGCGGAGCAGCAGCGCAAGGCGCUGGCCGCGAAGGGCAAGGAGGCGUCCAAGCUGGAGGCCGAGCUGGCGGCGGCGCAGAAGAAGGUCGACGCGUGCACGGCCAGGCUGCAGACGCUGGGCUUUGAUGCAGCUGAGGUGGAGGGCCUGGAGGCGGCGCGGCAGCAGCAGCUGGCGGCGGUGCGCGCCCUGAAGGACUCUGUGGAGGCGCUGGCGGCGCAGCUGCCCCCCAGCCUGGACUUCCAAUUCAAGGACCCUGAGAGGGGCUUUGACCGCGACAGGGUCAAGGGGGUGGUGGCCAAGCUGGUCCGCGUGCAGGACCCCUCGACAGCAACAGCGCUUGAGGUGGUCGCGGGCGGCAGGCUCUACCAGGUGGUGGUCGACUCCGACGCCACAGGCAAGGCGCUGCUGUCGCGCGGCGGCCUCACCAAGCGCAUCCGCUACCGCGACGACCCCUCGGCGGUGCUGGCCGCCGCCAGGCAGCUGGGCGCGGGCCGCGCGCGCCCGGCGCUGGAGCUGGUGGGCUUUGAGGGCGGCGUGGAGGCGGCGAUGAAGUACGUGUUUGGCAACACCUUCGUGUGUCAGGACGCCGCCACUGCCAAGAAGCUGGCCUUCAGCCGCGAGGUGGAGCGGCGCUGCGUGACCCUGGAGGGCGACGACUUCAACCCCAAGGGCCUGCUCACAGGCGGCGCGCGGCAGCAGGGCGGCUGCAUGCUGGCGCGGCUGACCGAGCUGCUGGCGGCGGAGGACCGGCUGGCGGCGGCGCGCGCGGCGCUGGCUGAGACGGAGGGGCGGCUGGCGGCGACCGCGGCGGCCGGCAAGGAGUACCGGAGGCUGCAGCAGGAGCUAGAGCUCCAGCGCCACUCGCUGUCGCUGCUGCAGGACCGCAUCGCGACCAGCGAGAGCAGCCAGCUAGCCGAGGCGCUCGCCGCGACGGAGACCGAGGCCGAGGCGGCGCGCGCGGCCAAGGACGCCGCGGCAGCCAAGAGGCAGGAGAUGGCGGCGAUGGCGAAGACCCUGGAGCGCGAAAUGGCGGACCUCACGCGCGACCGCACCUCCAGGGUCAAGGCCGCCAAAGACAAGCUCAAGGCGGCCAAGGCGGCGCUGGACGCGGCCCGCAAGGCGGCGCGCGCGGCGGAGGCGGCGCUCACAGAGGCGGAGGCCGAAGCCGAGGCGGCUGCGGGCGAGCGGGGGCGCCUGGAGGAGCAGGCUGCGGCCGCGGCGGCGGCGGUGGCGGCUCUGGAGAAGGAGCUGUCCAAGCUGCAGGCGGCAGUGGAGGCGGCGGGGGCGGCGCACCAGGACGCGUCAGAGAAGCUCAAGGCCAAGCGCGCGCGCCUCAAGGAGUGCGAUGCCGAGAUCAGGGCACUGGAGAAGGCGCGAGACAAGCUGGCUUCGCAGGCCAUGGAGUGCGGGGUGGAGAGGCGGCGGCUGGACAACAGGAUGGCAUCCAAGCGCGGCGAGCAGGGAAGCGCUACGGACCGCAUGCGGCGGCUGGAGGAGGACUACCAAUGGAUCCCGAGGGAGAAGGCCAACUUUGGCAAGCCGCGCACCGAGUUUGACUUUGAGGCCCGCGACGCCACAAAGGUCUACGAGGAGUACCAGGACGCGGGGGCGCGCCUCAACGCGCUCAAGGAGAAGGGCGUGGAGAAGCAGAGGGCCAAGCGUGCGCGCGCGCCCCCCUCGCCGGCGCCCGUUUGGCUUGGCAUACGCUGA